AUGGCUGCUCAAUCCGUCGCCUGUUCCUCUCCCUCCCUCUCCCUCCCUCUCAAGCCCAAGAAGCUGCUCCGCCUCUCCCCUGCUCAGCUCCAGUACCUGCAGGCUCACCCUCCCCCGCCCCCUCAUCGUCCGCCCGCUGUGCAGGAGGGAGCGUGUCUGCAGAACAUCCUGGAAGCGAGGAAGCGGUGGGAGGAGGGCGUGAGCUCGCGGCGAUCAAGACCGAUGGGACGGGAGGGAUCAGCGCGGGACAUCACGGAGGCAGCGAGGGAGCUGCUGGGGAAGAGACGGCACGAGCAAGUCAAGGUUGUUCCAGACGGCACGAGCAAGUCAAGGUUGUUCCAGACGGCACGAGCAAGUCAAGUCAAAGUCGUCUCAGACUACAUGAACAAGCCAAGGUCGACCGCGAGGACGAUGUCUCGUUUGAGUGCACGCGAGGUUGAUAGUCGUUGCAAGGUCAAGGCGAGACCUGUAUGA